AUGGAAACUGAAUUUGGGAAAGAAACAGAAUUUGGGAAGAAAACUGAAUUUGGGAUGGAAACAGAAUUUUGGAUGGAAACUGAAUUUGGGAUGGAAACUAAAUUUGGAAAGGAAAGAGAAUUUGGGAAGGAAACUGAAUUUGGAAAGGAAAGAGAAUUUGGGAAGGAAACUGAAUUUGGAAAGGAAAGAGAAUUCGAGAAGGAAACUGAAUUUGGAAAGGAAAGAGAAUUUGGGAAGGAAACUGAAUUUGGAAAGGAAAGAGAAUUUGGGAAGGAAACUGAAUUUGGAAAGGAAAGAGAAUUUGGGAAGGAAACUGAAUUUGGAAAGGAAAGAGAAUUUGGGAAGGAAACUGAAUUUGGAAAGGAAAGAGAAUUUGGGAAGGAACUGAAUUUGGAAAGAAAUGACCAAGAAUUUUGGGAAGGAAACUGA